UUUCGUUCUCCCUGCGAAUAGGCUUUGUUUGAAAGAAGACGCGACCCUGUCACUUGCUUUGUGUAUCAUCGUCGUCGUAUCCCUCACUCCACCGUGUUAGGGUUUCCAUCCACCAACUCAAACUCAAUUUCUUGCUUGUGUUAUCUGUGGUAGUUGAAUCUGUUGAAGUAGAAGAUGACUCAAGACGUAGACAUGAAAGAUCACCCAGCACCUUCUCAUUCCAUUUCUUCAGCUAUUCCAUCCACAUUGCAAAAUUUGAAAGAAAUAGCAUCAAUCAUUGAAACCGGUUCAAAUUCCAAGGAAGUUCGCAGAAUUUCUCGUGCCGUGCGCCUUACGAUGGCGUUGAGGCCCAAACUAACAGCGCCAAUUCUCUCAUCUUUCAUCACUCACGUUCUUCCUUUUGCUUCUGAGCCUCAUUCUAGGUUAUCUUCUUAUCUUCCCAAUCCCAAGGAUGAUGGUAAUGAGAUGGAAGUGGACACUGCAACAUCUGUAGCUAUUCAAACCCCACCCAAGCACUUGUUGCCUGAGCUAGAAAUCUAUUGUUAUUUCCUUGUGCUUCUUUUUCUGAUUGAUCAGAAACGUUACAAUGAGGCCAAAGCUUGUUCCUCAGCUAGCAUUGAUCGGCUCAAAAACCUGAAUAGAAGAACUGUUGAUGUUAUUGCUUCGAGACUGUUCUUUUAUUAUUCAUAUAGCUAUGAGCUUACUGGAGAUCUUGCUGAAAUUCGAGGCAACCUCUUUCAGUUGCACCGGAUUGCUACCCUGCGCCAUGAUGAGCUUGGUCAGGAAACACUUCUUAAUCUGUUACUUCGUAACUACCUCCACUACAACCUAUAUGAUCAGGCAGAAAAGUUGAGGUCUAAAGCUCCACGAUUUGAGGCACAUUCAAACCAGCAGUUCUGUCGCUAUCUCUUCUACCUUGGGAAAAUUCGGACCAUUCAGUUGGAGUAUACCGAUGCAAAAGAGUCUCUUCUGCAGGCUGCUCGUAAAGCACCGGUUGCCGCUCAGGGUUUUCGGAUUCAGUGUAACAAGUGGGCGAUUAUAGUGCGUUUACUGUUGGGAGAAAUUCCUGAGAGGACUAUCUUCGUGCAGAAAGGAAUGGAGAAAGCUUUGAGGCCUUACUUUGAACUUACUAAUGCUGUCCGGAUUGGUGAUUUAGAGCUGUUUAGGAAUGUUGCAGAUAAGUAUGCUACCACUUUCAAUACAGAUGGAACCAAUAACUUAAUCGUUCGAUUGCGUCAUAAUGUCAUCCGGACUGGUUUGCGCAACAUCAGUAUAUCAUAUUCUCGCAUCUCCCUGGCUGAUGUAGCUCAGAAGUUGAGGUUGAGCUCCGCAAAUCCCAUUGCUGAUGCCGAAUGCAUUAUAUCAAAGGCUAUCCGUGAUGGGGCAAUUGAUGCAACAUUGGAUCAUACUAAUAAAUGGAUGGUGUCUAAGGAAACUGGAGAUAUCUACUCUACAAAUGAGCCUCAGUUGGCCUUUAAUUCUCGGAUUGCCUUUUGUCUUAACAUGCACAAUGAGGCUGUUCAAGCACUGCGUUUUCCAAAAAACACUCACAAGGAAAAGGAAAUUGCUGAGAAGCGUAGAGAGAGGCAACAACAAGAGCAAGAACUGGCAAAACAUAUUGAAGAGGAAGAUGAUGACGAUGACUUCUGAUGAUGAUUAUAUUCGUAUUAUCUUACCAAUUCCUGUCAGGAUCUCUCCAUUUCCUACAUUUUCGUAUGUUUAUCCUUUGGAGAACUUCCAUUAAUACCACCUUUUCAAAACGUGGUUAUACUUUUUAGGUGGAAGACUCUGGAUAUACUUCAAUAUUCACUGUUUAUUUCCAAUCAUGGUUUGUUUCCUUGUUCGGAGAAUAAUCUUAGUUUCUGAAAAAAUCAAUCAAUUAUUUAGGACCAUAUCAAUGAUUUAGUUGUAAAAUUUUACUGUGGAAAAAAAUUUACUCAUUGGCCAAAAAAUUUGAAGUACUUGAGAUGAA